AUGGUGGUGGGCAGAGAGAGGGAGGCGGCGGAUGGUGGUGGGCAGAGAGAGGGGGGCGGCGGAUGGUGGUGGGCAGAGAGAGGGGGGCGGCGGAUGGUGGUGGGCAGAGAGAGGGGGGCGGCGGAAGGUGGUGGGCAGAGAGAGGGGGGCAGCGGAAGGUGGUGGGCAGAGAGAGGGGGGCGCCGGGGGUGGGCGGAGAGAGAGGGUGGCGGCGGGGUUGGGCGGAGAGAGAGGGUGGCGGCGGGGGUGGGCGGAGAGAGAGGGUGGCGGCGGGGGUGGGCGGAGAGAGAGGGUGGCGGCGGGGGUGGGCGGAGAGAGAGGGUGGCGGCGGGGGUGGGCGGAGAGAGAGGGUGGCGGCGGGGGUGGGUGGAGAGAGAGGGUGGCGGCGGGGCUGGGCGGAGAGAGAGGGUGGCGGCGGGGCUGGGCGGAGAGAGAGGGUGGCGGCGGGGCUGGGCGGAGAGAGAGGGUGGCGGCGGGGCUGGGCGGAGAGAGAGGGUGGCGGCGGGGCUGGGCGGAGAGAGAGGGUGGCGGCGGGGCUGGGCGGAGAGAGAGGGUGGCGGCGGGGCUGGGCGGAGAGAGAGGGUGGCGGCGGGGCUGGGCGGAGAGAGAGGGUGGCGGCGGGGCUGGGCGGAGAGAGAGGGUGGCGGCGGGGCUGGGCGGAGAGAGAGGGUGGCGGCGGGGCUGGGCGGAGAGAGAGGGUGGCGGCGGGGCUGGGCGGAGAGAGAGGGUGGCGGCGGGGCUGGGCGGAGAGAGAGGGUGGCGGCGGGGCUGGGCGGAGAGAGAGGGUGGCGGCGGGGCUGGGCGGAGAGAGAGGGUGGCGGCGGGGCUGGGCGGAGAGAGAGGGUGGCGGCGGGGCUGGGCGGAGAGAGAGGGUGGCGGCGGGGCUGGGCGGAGAGAGAGGGUGGCGGCGGGGCUGGGCGGAGAGAGAGGGUGGCGGCGGGGCUGGGCGGAGAGAGAGGGUGGCGGCGGGGUUGGGCAGAGAGAGGGUGGCGGCGGGGUUGGGCAGAGAGAGGGUGGCGGCGGGGGGUGGGCAGAGAGAGGGUGGCGGCGGGGGUGGGCAGAGAGACGGUGGCGGCGGGGGUGGGCAGAGAGAGGGUGGCGGCGGGGGUGGGCAGAGAGAGGGUGGCGGCGGGGGUGGGCGGAGAGAGAGGGUGGCGGCGGGGGUGGGCGGAGAGAGAGGGUGGCGGCGGGGGUGGGCGGAGAGAGAGGGUGGCGGCGGGGGUGGGCGGAGAGAGAGGGUGGCGGCGGGGGUGGGCGGAGAGAGAGGGUGGCGGCAGGGGUGGGCGGAGAGAGAGGGUGGCGGCGGGGGUGGGCGGAGAGAGAGGGUGGCGGCGGGGGUGGGCAGAGAGAGGGGGUGGCGGCGGGGGUGGGCGGAGAGAAGUUGGCGACGGGGGUGGGCAGAGAGAAGUUGGCGACGGGGGUGGGCAGAGACUGGUGGUGACGGGGGUGGCCGGAGAGAGGGUGGCGACGGGUGUGGGCAGAGAGAGGGUGGCGACGGGGGUGGGCAGAGAGAGGGUGGCGACGGGGGUGGGCAGAGAGAGGGUGGCGACGGGGGUGGGCAGAGAGAGGGUGGCGACGGGGGUGGGCAGAGAGAGGGUGGCGACGGGGGUGGGCAGAGAGAGGGUGGCAACGGGGGUGGGCAGAGAGAGGGUGGCGACGGGGGUGGGCAGAGAGAGGGUGGCGACGGGGGUGGGCAGAGAGAGGGUGGCGACGGGGGUGGGCAGAGAGAGGGUGGCGACGGGGGUGGGCAGAGAGAGAGGGUGGCGACGGAGGUGGGCAGAGAGAGAGGGUGGCCACGGGGGUGGGCAGAGAGAGGGUGGCGACGGGGGUGGGCAGAGAGAAGGUGGCGACGGGGGUGGGCAGAGAGAAGGUGGCGACGGGGGUGGGCAUAGAGAAGGUGGCGACGGGGGUGGGCAGAGAGAAGGUGGUGACGGGGGUGGGCAGAGAGAGGGUGGCAACGGGGGUGGGCAGAGAGAAGGUGGCAACGGGGGUGGGCAGAGAGAAGGUGGCAACGGGGGUGGGCAGAGAGAAGGUGGCAACGGGGAGACGAUGCCGAGACGAUCUCCCACGCCCGAGGCCCGGAGCUUCGAGUGCCACCAGAGGCGGCUCUGGCUGCUGAAGAAGGCCACCAUCAAUAGGCACCAGCGCUGGCUCAGGGACGUCGUCGACCGCCCAGACAUCGACCACCUGCUGGAGCUCUGGUGCCAGAGGUAUGAGGGGUUCGAGGAGUUCAUCGACUGGCUGCUCAGGGAGGAGAUUACAGUCAACACGGAACAAAAAUGUGGACAGCACUUCGGCCCCGCCCUGGCGCUGGCAGUGCUCACUCGCCUCCUCACGCUCAUCUUCAUGAGCUACGGCCUCGUGCUGAUGGCCAGGACGCACCUCUUGUCCGAGAUGCUGCCUUUCACGGUCGUGUAUGUCGUGUGGUUAUUGGCUGUAGCCGGCGGCCAGCUGGCCAUUUGCUAG